CUAACAUAGUGUAUAUCAACACUGCUGACAAGCGCAAUUGGUUAGUGCGGCGUCUCCCUCAUUCAGAGGCUUCGCUCUUUGGAUCCGCUCUUCCGGACAGCGCAGCGCUCGCUGGCUGUGGCACGAGGAGGAAAAGUAACUGUCAAGACGCGCGCGUCUCCGCUUACAUCUCAGCAGCGCGAUUUACUUGAAGAUGCAGCCACCCGCCGGGACUGGAUUGAAGCUCUUGCUGUGGAUUUUUGGCCACAUCAGCAUCUCUCAGGCUGCUUUUCCAUCAUCCCAAAAAUGUGAUGAAGCCCUCGUCACGCCGCUCCCUCAUAAUGCCUUCACCAGCUCCUCUGUGUUCACCGGUGGCUAUGCACCUGGAUAUGCCAAGCUAAAUAAAAGAGGAGGCGCUGGGGGUUGGUCUCCGCUGGACAGCGAUCAUUAUCAGUGGCUGCAGGUCGACCUGGGAAGCAGGAAACAGGUCACAGCCGUUGCCACACAGGGUCGAUAUAGCAGCUCUGAUUGGACGACCCGCUACCGACUUCUGUACAGUGACACAGGCAGGAACUGGAAACCGUAUCAUCAAGAUGGUAACAUCUGGGCAUUCAUGGGUAACUCCAAUACGGAGAGCGUGGUUCGGCAUGACCUGCAAAACACAAUUGUGGCCCGUUACUUGCGUAUCAUUCCCUUAGACUGGACUGAAGAGGGACGGAUCGGCCUCAGGUUCGAGAUCUACGGGUGCCCUUACUGGGCAGAUGUGAUUAAUUUUGACGGGCAGGGGGUGAUCUCUUACCGCUUCAAAAUGAAGAAGAUGAAGAUUUUGAAGGACGUGAUAGCUCUGAAGUUUAAAACAUCAGAGAGUGAAGGGGUGAUUCUGCACGGAGAGGGUCAACAGGGGGACUACAUCACUUUGGAGUUGAGAAGAGGCAGACUUCUGAUCCAGAUAAACCUUGGCAGUAAUCAGUACGGCUCCAUCCUGGGCCAUACGUCUGUGACCAGCGGCAGUCUUCUGGACGACCAUCAUUGGCAUUCUGUUGUAAUUGAGCGCUACAGGAGAAAUGUCAAUUUUACUCUGGAUCAGCAUACUCAGCACUUCCGCACCAACGGGGAGUUUGACCACCUUGACCUGGAUUAUGAGCUGAGUUUCGGAGGAAUGCCUUAUUCUGGGAAGCCAAUCUCUGGAGCCAGACGAAACUUCAAAGGAUGCAUGGAAAGCAUCAACUACAAUGGAGAGAACAUCACUGACCUAGCCAGAAGAAAAAAACUGGACACCUCCAGCUUCCGGAACCUGACCUUCUCUUGCGUGGACACACACACGUUCCCCGUGUUUUUCAACGGCACCAGCUUCCUGCAGCUGCCAGGCAGAAGAGACCACAACAUGGUUUCUAUAGGUUUCCAGUUCCGAACCUGGAACCCCAGAAGCCUGCUCCUUUUUAGCUCCCUGGCAGACGGAAUGCUGGAAUUGGCUCUAAAUGAUGGAAAAGUCACAGCGCACAUCAACGUCACCCAGCAAAAAAACAUGCGUGUAGACCUUGCGUCAGGUUCUGGUCUGAAUGAUGGAGAAUGGCAUGAUGUUCGCUUCCUGGCCAAAGAGAACUUUGCCAUGCUGACCAUUGAUGGCGAUGAAGCGUCGGCUGUGAGAACCAACUCACCUGUGCAGAUCACAACAGGAAGCACGUACCACUUUGGAGGUUAUUUUUUAAGAACCAGAGCAUCUCCGUCCCAGCGUUCAUUCCAGGGCUGCAUGCAGCUCAUCCAGGUGGACGAUCAGCUGGCCGAUCUGACAGCGGUGGAGCAGGGAAGAAGCGGCGCCUUCGAGAACGUCAGCCUGGACAUGUGUGCCAUAAUUGACAGAUGUAUGCCAAACCAUUGUGAACAUGGAGGCCGAUGCAGUCAGACCUGGGAUGGGUUUACGUGCAUGUGUAAUGGGACAGGGUAUGCAGGAGCCACCUGUCAUACAUCGGUUUAUGAGCAGUCCUGUGAGGCCUACAAGCACUUGGGCAGAUCAUCAGACGCCUACUGGAUUGACCCAGAUGGAAGUGGACCUUUAGGCCCCUUCAAAGUCAUCUGCAACAUGACGGAAGACAAGGUGUGGACGACUGUGGUGAAUAACCUGCCGGCACAGACGGCAGUAACAGGCUCCAGUCGGGAGAGAAGGACUGUACUUCAGCUCAACUACAGCGCCUCUAUGGAGCAGGUCACAGCUAUAACCAACAGUGCUGAACACUGCGAACAGCACAUAGCCUACGCAUGCCGAAUGUCACGACUGCUCAACACACCAGAUGGAACGCCCUACACCUGGUGGGUUGGCCGGGGGAACGAGAAACACUUUUACUGGGGCGGCUCUGCACCCGGCAUUCAGAAAUGUUUGUGCGGCAUCGAGCGCAACUGCACCGACUCCAAAUAUUACUGCAACUGCGACGCCGACCAGAAGCAGUGGCAGGAAGAUUCUGGGGUUUUAGUGUAUAAAGACCACUUACCGGUAAGCCAAGUGGCCAUCGGAGACACAAAUCGACCCGGAUCAGAGGCCAAGCUGACGGUGGGACCUCUUCGUUGCCAUGGAGACCGAAGCUACUGGAAUGCAGCGUCCUUCAACACACCGUCUUCGUAUCUGCACUUCUCCACUUUUCAAGGAGAAACAAGUGCUGACAUCUCCUUUUACUUCAAGACAUCUGCUCCCUUCGGCGUCUUCCUGGAGAACCUCGGGAACACGGAUUUCAUUCGUCUGGAGUUGAAAUCAUCUACGGUGGUGUCGUUCUCAUUCGAUGUCGGAAACGGGCCUGUGGAGCUAAACGUUCACUCUCCCAGUCGUGUGAACGAUGACCAGUGGCACCGGGUGAGUGCGGAGAGGAACAUGAAAGAAGCCAUUCUGACACUAGACCAGAAAUUCAAAGAGAUCCGACCUGCUCCUACGCAAGGACACACACGUCUGGAGCUCUACAGCCAGCUUUAUGUUGGUGCAGCGGGAGGUCAGAGAGGAUUUCUCGGAUGCAUCCGAUCUCUCAAGAUGAACGGGGUGACCCUUGAUUUGGAGGAGAGAGCGAAGGUCACGCCUGGAGUGAAACCCGGGUGCUCGGGUCACUGCACCAGUUUCGGGGUGUAUUGCCGUAACGGGGGCAAGUGUGUGGAGAAAUACAACGGCUAUUCUUGUGACUGCACCUCCACAGCCUAUGAUGGACCUUCAUGUACCAAAGACGUCGGAGGUUUCUUUGAGGCAGGGACACUGGUCAGAUAUAACCUCACACCAGACGGGGUGGCCGCAGCCUCCGGCUUGGAUGACAAGAGCAUAACUCAUAGCGCUUCAACAGAUAUGAACCUUACACGCGAAGACCUCACCUUCAGUUUCAGUACCUCCACGUCUCCUAGCGUUCUGGUCUAUGUCAGUUCUAAAACCCGGGACUACAUGGCAGUGGUGCUUCGUCUUAAUGGCACCCUGCAGCUGCGUUACAACUUGGGUGGUCUCAGGGAACCGUUCACCAUUGAUAUUGACCAAAAGAACCUGGCCAACGGGCAGCCUCACACCGUUAACAUCUCUCGCGUGGAGAGAAACAUAGAAAUACAGCUGGAUCAUUAUCCACCGGUCAGCUACAUCCUGCCUGAGGCCUCAGACAUACACUUUAACCUGAUCAAGUCCCUUUUCCUGGGAAAGGUUUUUGAAACCGGUCACAUCGAUUCAGCGAUAAUAGAAAAAUACAACACCCCGGGGUUCGUAGGCUGCCUAUCUAGAGUGCGGUUCAACGGCAUUGCUCCUUUGAAGGCUGCCCUCAGGUCCCGUGGUUCUGCACCCGUCACACACCAGGGUAAACUAGUGGAAUCCAACUGCGGAGCGUCACCCCUCACCAUCCCACCCAUGUCUGCUGCAACUGACCCGUGGCACCAAGAUGCAGGUGCGGAUUUCCCCUUCAAUGAGGAAAGAGUCAUACCAGAUGGAGUUAAUAGGAAUUCUGCUAUAAUAGGAGGAAUCAUUGCAGUUGUGAUCUUCACUAUUCUCUGUACCCUGGUUUUUCUGAUCCGGUACAUGUUCCGCCAUAAAGGCACCUACCACACCAACGAGGCCAAGGGAGGCGAGUCGUCCGAGUCCGCCGACGCGGCCAUUAUCGGCACUGACACCAAUUUCACAGAGACCAUCGAUGAAAGCAAGAAGGAAUGGUUUAUCUAAUGUGCCGGCUCUGAUCUGAAAUGAGAAGCUGGUUUAUAUAAACUCUUUCAGAAUCUUUUUUUGAUUAUCAGAUCUAACGUUUUUGAAUCAAGCUCAUCACCAGUUUGAGAAACUGUUCUGUACAUAGUGACUGGCUGGUCUCUUUUUAUUGUGUUUUUAAGUGUGUGAUCUCUGGAUUACAUGUUAAUAAAGGAUUUCACCAUGUGUUCUUUUUUUAACAGAUACAUGAUUGUUUGCCAAUAUCCUUUGUUUAAUGAAAGUUUUGCUUAGCACCGUUAUUUUUUUUGUGUUAAUCUCACCAAACAUCGUUGUGUGGAAAUUGUUUUCAACUGAUUUUAAAUUCAGAAUGCUCUAUGUGAAUACUUUAUCUCAUUCAUUGCACAAAUGACAUAUAUUUCAUUUCAAAUGACAUUAUAUUAUAUAUCAUUAGUAUUAUUAUACUGAGAGGAGAAAACUGAAGCAUGCACCAAGAAUUGGGUCGAUUCAACUAUUUGCACAAGUAUUCUGAUUUAUUGUGAAAGCCUUUGGUUUAUUGUUCCUUGGCAAACACCUCUCGGUCUUAAGAAGUUUUACUAAAGGCUUCAUCAUGGCAUAAGGAUGUUAUUUUGAGACAUCAUACUUGUCUAUUAUUCAGUUACACAGGUUGUGUGUUAAAAGCAUUGGCAUAGUGGUAUCUGGCAGAUUAACACCCAAACAUGUAUCAUCAGCAUUUGUUAUGGCAGAUGAAGAGGGUGGGGCUACUCACACCCAAUCAAAUCAAUUCAAGGUGCCUUUAAGAUUCAGCCAAUCAGCUUUCUGUUUUUUUACUUUAUCCAAUACUUCAAAUGACAAUUCCCAACAAAUCUAAUGGCUGAGAUGUAUUGACACUCUUGUCUGAGCAGAGUAGACUGAAAGUUCAUUGGAUUAGCAGAGUGUUUUACAAAUGUUCUUCCUGAAACCUUUGAUUUUUGCAUACAUGCUACAAUAUUUGAAGCAUUUAUUAAACAUGUGCACUUGUGUUUACGUUAAAGAUGUGCAUUUUGUCAAACCGCUGUUGACAUGUCAAAAUAUUUUUCAUUAUGCUUUUGUAUAUUAUUAUUUACUUUCGAAUAUAAAAUGUGAAAUAAAAGUUAAUUUCCCUAAAGAUUA